UGUGUUUGUCAAGGGCUCUUUUAUCCCAACAGAUAUGUAAAUCGAGGCACCAUUUCCCCUUUAAAGGAGCCCCAUGGUUUCCCUCUUCAGACAACACCCAGGAACAUAAACCUUGUGCAAUUUUCUCUCUUGUCUCUUGUCAAUUCCCUCCAUUCAUUCAGUGAAAAUGUGGCUCAACCUUGUGUCCUUACUAGUAGUCCUCAAAGGAGUCCAUUCUCAAGUCCAGUUGGUGGAGUCUGGAGGGGACGUGAGAAGACCUGGAGGGUCCCUCCGUCUCUCCUGCCAAGCCUCUGGAUUCACGUUCAGCAGCUACUGGAUGAGCUGGGUGAGACAGGCUCCAGGGAAAGGACUGGAAUGGGUGGCAUACAUCAGCUACUCUUCUGGUACUAUUAGCUACUCAGACAAAGUGAAGGGCCGCUUCACCAUCUCCAGGGACAAUGCCAAAAGCGAGCUGUAUCUGCAAAUGAACAGCCUCAAAGCUGAAGACACAGCAAUUUAUUACUGUGUGAGACACACAUAUCGUGGCAGAAGCCUGGAAAUGAAACCUCAGAGAGUCCAGUCUCAAGUUCAGUUGGUGGAGUCUGGAGGGGAUGUGAGAAGACCUGGAGGGUCCCUCCGUCUCUCCUGCCAAGCCUCUGGAUUUGAUUUCAGCAGCUAUUGGAUGGGCUGGGUGAGACAGUAUCCUGGAAAAGGCCUGGAAUGGGUGGCAUACAUAAGUACUGGUUCUAGUACUAUUCGCUACUCAGACAAAGUGAAGGGCCGCUUCACCAUCUCCAGGGACAAUGCCAAAAGCCAGCUGUAUCUGCAGAUGAACAGACUCAAAGCUGAAGACACAGCAAUCUAUUACUGUGCGAGAGACACAGUGAGAGGAAGUGAAUCUGGAGCCAAACAAGAACCUUCCUUUUUUCAGAGCAGUUCUUCAACUUGA